AUGUUUGGUUUCCAUCCUAAAUGCAAGAAAAUUGGCCUAACUCAUCUAUCGUUUGAUGAUGAUCUAAUGAUCUUUUGCAAGGGUAACAUUGAAUCUGUUGUUGGCGUACUCACUAUUCUUGAUCAUUUCUAUGAAAUAUCUGGGCUUAAACUGAAUCCUUCCAAAUGUGAGAUUUUUGCUGCGGGGAUUACAUUAAGAACUAUUGAGGAAUUAAAACUGAUUACUGGGUUUCAUAUUGGAAUUCUUCCUGUCCGUUAUCUUGGUAUUCCUCUUGUCACCCGUAAGCUUACCGAAAAGGAUUGGCAAGCUUUAAUUGAUAACAUCAAGCUCAAGCUUCAUCAUUGGACUGGGAGAAAUCUCAGUUAUACAGGCAGAUUAGAGCUCAUUAGAUCAGUCUUAUUCAACGUCAAAAACUACUGGUGUAGACAACUUGUUUUGCCAGCUUCAAUCCUUAAAAAAGUGGAACAGCUUUGCUCAAGGUACUUCUGGAAAAGAGCAGAUAAAUCUGCUGCUGGUGCUCGUGUGAGCUGGGAAAUUAUUUGUCUAUCCAAAUCGGAAGGUGGCCUCGGACUGAAGAACAUUAAAUCUUGGAAUAGAGCUUGUCUCAUUAGUCUAAUUCAGAAAAUAUUAGCGGGAGAUGGAUCACUGUGGGUUGCAUGGUUAAAGGCAUACGUUUUUAAGGAGCAUGACUUUUGGCAAUUCCGAGCUGCUGCAAAUGUAAGUUGGAGUAUCGGCAUAAUAUUAAAAUCAAGGGCUGAAGCUCUUUCAAUUCUUUCAGUCGGUUCUCCGCAAGUAAAGGAAAUUUGGGACUUGAUUCGAUCUAAAGGGCAAAAUAUUUCAUGGCAUAAAAUAAUUUGGUUCCCAUUGCAUAUUCCGAAGUUUAGUUUGAUAGCUUGGAUGGCUUUACUGAACAAAUUGCCAACUAGAGACAGGCUUCUUCGAAUGGGAAUUAAUACUGACGGUAUUUGUGUUAAUUGCAGCAACUCAAACGAGACAAGGGACCAUCUCUUUUCGCACUGUUCACUAGCAACAGAUCUCUGGAACUCAAUUUUGAACCUUAAUGGGAUGAAGACUACUUAUUUAUCAUGGGAAGAUAUGGUUUCGAAGGCAUGUUCAUCAUGGAAAGGGAGGUCUCUUCUUACUACCAUUCUUAAACUCUCUUGGACUGCUUUUAUCUACUCUUUGUGGCAGGAAAGAAAUAAGAGAAUAUUUCAAGGACGACGUAGAACGAUCGAAUGCUUGCUCAAAGAUGUUAAAGACGUUGUCGGAAUCCGCCUCAGGAGAACUAAUAUUAAUAGACUUGAUAAUACGAACUUAAGGCUUUGUAAGGUUUGGGGUAUAGUCUAA